GUUCCUAGUGCGCCUGCGCCGUUCCUAGUGCACGGUAGCACUACGCGCUCCAAGAUGUGACUUCUUGAAAGGAACCGCGGCGUUGGCGGUUUGAAGUCAGCCCAUGUCGCCUGUGUCCCGAUCCCGCCCUCAUGAGGACAUUCUGGGCUCUCAGAAACGACGACGUGGCUCGCACAGCCCACUGUCGGUGUUACAGACUCGACGAUCCCCUCGGGGAGGCGGUUUCGGCCUUCACCUCAGCGCGUUCGAGGGGCUCCGGCCUCCUCGGGGAACAGAGGGGCCCCGCCUAGCGCAUUCCGUCAGCCGCCCCAGGUCUGGAGAGCGACCGCCACCGCCAGGAUUCCGCACGUUUGCCUCUUCGUCCUCCUCUUCCAUCUGUGGUGGGUAUCGCUACCACCACUAUGCGGGAGAUCGUUUGUGGGCGGAGGACCAGGAAAAGGAAAAGGAGGAGAGCUAUAGGCUAAGGAGGCUGAAGGAAAGAGAGAGGAUUGGAGAGCUGGGAGCACCUGAAGUAUGGGGAUUGUCACCCAAGUUUCCUGAGCCAGAUUCUGACGAACAUACGCCAGCUGAAGAUGAGGUGAAGAAUCCGAAGAGCAGCAGUUCAGAUUUCACCAAUGAAAGGUCAAAGACCAGUCAUUCAACAAAGAGAAAAAGGAAGAAAAAGCUUCCCAAAAGGAAACAUAGAAAGUAUUGUGAUAAUGACAGCGAUUCUGACUCUGACAUUCAUUCUAGCUCUGGUGGUGAUAGAAAGAAAUUUAAAACCAAGAAGAAAGAGAAGAAAAGGAAACACCGGGCAAAACAACUCAAGAAGAAGAGGAGAACUAAAAAAGAAUACAGUGACAUAGGCUGCAGAGCUUUAGAAAGGGAAUUGCCAGAAGAUGCGUGGAUGGAACAGUCGAGGAGUGCAGAUACCAUGGAUUUAAUAGGCCCGGAAGCACCUGUAAUACAUACCUCUCAAGAUGAGAAACCUUUGAACUAUGGCCACGCUCUGCUUCCAGGUGAAGGUGCUGCUAUGGCUGAAUAUGUGAAAGCUGGAAAGCGCAUCCCACGAAGGGGUGAAAUUGGGUUGACGAGUGAAGAGAUCGCCUCAUUUGAAUGUUCAGGUUAUGUCAUGAGCGGUAGCAGACAUCGCCGAAUGGAGGCUGUAAGACUGCGUAAAGAGAACCAGAUCUACAGUGCUGAUGAGAAAAGAGCUCUUGCGUCCUUUAACCAAGAAGAGAGGCGGAAGAGAGAGAAUAAGAUCCUAGCCAGUUUUCGAGAAAUGGUUUACAGAAAGACAAAAGGGAAAGAUGACAAAUGAGAACUUGUUUGCUGCACUGCCGGACUUUGAACAACAAGGGUUUUGUAUGACUAAAAUAAUAGUAAAUGCCUUUACCAUUUGCCGGUGAUAUUGUACUUACUGUGUUACUAAGUACUAUAGGAAAACACUUUUUGAAACGUCAUUAGAAAGUUUUACAAACAUUACCGGGAAUGAAUAAAAAGGCGAAUGUCAUUCCAGUCCCUGAUUCACCGCCUCUCCUGAAAAGCAAAAUGUCUUCUGUAUCCUUCCAUGGUUUUGUGCAUAUGCAAGGUAUUUUGAAGAACGAAAAUUAGUGCUACUAAACAUAAGCGUGCUCCCAUCCACAUCUGCUACCGUGAUUAUCCCCACCCCCCACCCCAAGGGGAGUUUUACCUUUUGGAGGCAUUGCCCUAGGAGGGCAAAAAGAAUUUGAGAGCAAUACCCAAGAAAGUAACCAUUUGGACCUAUUUGGAUUCAGUGGACUGUAUUCCACUGGCUGUAGUUAACAGACUCGGUUAAAGAAGCUCAGUUUUAUUGUUUAAAAAUCUGGGAAACUAAUUCCAGCAUAAUGCUAAUAGAACUUGGGCUUUUUCUCUAUCUUUUCCAUGGCUCAUUUGCUCUAGAGUGGUUUUCCUUAUAGAAAAAAGAACUGCCAAAUCUCUUUAAAGAGCAUUUCUUUUUGAAGGGGUUGGAAAUUUUCUUUGCUGCAAUGCUAUUUCUUCAUAACCAUCAGCUGCUGUGCAUUGUAAAAUUGAAAUAGUAUUGUUCUUCAUCUGACCCUAUGCCACAGUUUUUCUCUGUUCCCAUUUAUUGCCAAUGGGAAGAUUAUGGGUUUGGCCAAAAUGGGAUGCAUUUACAAAUUACAAUGGUGUACAAGGCUAAUGAUAACACUAUUCUGGGAAUCUAUUAUUAAUACAUACUUUGCUGAAAUUAUUGACAUAAUAGAACUUUCAUAACCACUUUUUGAAAGAAAUGAGUUCAUAAGUUCUAAACAUCAGAGCCUAGUUUAGUCUGAAAAUAGAUAUAAAAGUGUAUAUAUUAUGUUUAUCUGCAAUCCUUAGGAAGCUGAGGUAUUUUCUCUCAGCAGCAGUACUUGAGAGUAGUUUCUUCUUUGUGUAUAUUACUAAAAGUUACUGAAAGUUUUAUCCACUAUUAAUUUAAGACAAUCAUAUUGGAGUAAGUUGCUUCACAGUAGUUUAUUUAAGGUGUCAUAUUCAUUUCCAGAUUUUUAUAUAUUUCUCAUGUUUCUGUAAGUUCUUCUAGUGAAGUAUUUAGAGUCAUCUUCAUGUAAGGCAUUUUAAAACAAGAUCUGCUAAGACACUGGGUUUUCUUCAUUAACUACAGUUACAUUCCUUGAUAGAAGAGAGAAGAGCUCACUGGCAACCUUUACAUUUUGCAAAGUACCAUAUCCAUCUUUUUAAACCAUGUCCCAACUUCAUGUAGACUAUAGUGAACAUCUUCCAAAGAUUGCUCUGCAAAAUUACCUAUUCCUACCAUUUUAAUAUCAUUUUUGUUUUCCAUUUUCUCAUCACAGUGAAAGAAAGUAUGAAUCCUGUGUACAAUUUCUCAAGAGCACCUCCCCUCAACUACCAGCCCCCAGUGAGCAACACCAUAGACUAUGUAGUCCAUGCCUUUCAAUACAGUGUCACAUUUGUAGGGCUUCCAAGGUCACUGCCAGGAGAGAAUAUUUCUGACUUGGUAUUCUUAACAAGAUUUUAUCUUAAUUGAAUUAGUGUAGUCUAUAUAUCUGCUUAAAGUAAGUGCAGUUGUCAAAUGAACAGAAUAGCUUACUCUGAGGCCCUGCAGGUCUGGUCAGUGUAGAGGCUACAUAUGGCUAUCUGAAAAUACCAUGUUGGACAGGAAAGAUAGAUAACCAACAAAUGCCUGCUGCAGUUUUGAAUUUUAAAAUGUGUGUGUUCAUAACAUGUACUGGUAGUAUUCAUAGAAAAGCUUGAUUUUAUUGGCCAUAUCCUAAUUGAAAUGGAUGCAGGAUUUAUCCAUAAAUCAAUAUAAAAAAGCUGAAGAUCCAGGGUGCUGAAGUCUUUCAAAGAGUAGAUUAGGCCCAUCUAGAAGGGGAAAAAUGUUUGUGGAGAUACAAGGACUGAGGUGUUUGCAAAGCAUGUAAAGAGAUCUUUUGUUUCUAAGGAAGACCUCAGAGUGAGCUGCAUUUAUGAUCUACAAUAGGCAUUUGUUGUCCAUAGGGAUGUUAAUAUUUACUGACCCUGAUUUCUCAACACUACCCAAACUAACUCUCAAAACACUAGUAAGCUCCAUAGAAUUGACAGCAUUGAAUGGGUUCCAGAAUGUGAAAGGGCAGUGUGAUGUGGAAGAACUUCAUUCAAUGGUGUAACUUGUUCCAGGUUGCCCCAAAAUGAAGUUGAGGAAAAUUGGUGAAAGCUGUGCUUGUACAUCUGCACAUUCCAUUUAUGGAAGCUAUACCUCACUAUAUACAGGGUGAACACUGGUUUUUUUUUCACUUAACAGUACAUCUUGGAUAUGUUUUGUAUCAGUACAUAUAAAUCUAAGUUUUAUAUUAUUUUAGGUGUUUGUAAAUGAUUGUAUGUAAGUGUUUCUGGACAUGUGGGACUCUUCUGACUUAAUGACAGUCGAUAUGAACUGAAGCAAACAAGAUGUGUUGGUUCAUGGCAUUGAUACGAGGAGAGCACUAGUGGAAAGACAUCAUGCUGGUGGCCCAGGCAAGGGCAAGGACUGUGGAGGCUUUCAGAAGUGGGUUAUGGCCACUCCUUUUCAUCAGCUCUGAGCACCAGCCUUGAAAGUAGAUACUACUACAACGAUGCUUCCUAGGAAGACUGACAGAGCAACAUCACCAUCAGCACUGUACUUUUUGAAAAAGCUUUAUGUCUUGUUUUUCUGGUCAGUUAACAUGACUUUUGACUGUUAAUUUUAUUUUCCCUCUUCAAGAAUAAGGUGAAGCAUCUUUUCCAGGAUUUCUUAUUUUGUAGUUCUUGUAUGUAAAGUGUGCACACUAAUGUUUAGCCAUUGUAUUUGGGAAAUGUUAGACAUCUUAUUCAUCAUAAAAGCUCUUCAAGUAAUAAAAAGUUAACGUCUUA